GUGACUCGCGUGGAGCGGCACUUGGCUGAAGCUGACCAGUGGGGAUUCGACACUAUAGAGCUCGAUGAGGCCACAGGUGGGCGGCCGCUGUCGUGCCUGGCCUUCUUUCUGAUCCAGCAGCAGGGCAUGAUUCCUGCCCUGCGCCUGGAUGAGCAGCGCCUCGUCAACUUUCUUCUCGCUGUGGAGGACCUAUACGGACCCCACCCAUACCACAACAGGCCCGUCAUGGCUCAUGCGGCAGACGUGUUGCAGACAGUGCAUGCAAUCCUGUUCCAGGGCAACCUUGUGAGGAGCAGUAUUGUGAGCCUGUCAGAGGCGCUUGUCAGCUACAUAGCUGCUGUGGUUCACGAUGUAGAACACCCAGGUCUUUCCAAUGACUGCCUUGUGGAGUCCUCAGACACUCUGGCCAUAAGGUACAAUGACAGAUCCGUCCUUGAGAACCACCAUUGCUGUACCUUCACUAGCAUAAUGAAGAGCGAGGAGGGGAGGUGCAAUUUUCUGGUGCACAAGCCGAGGGGCGAGCAGCAGCGCUUCAGGGCCCUGCUCAUGGAGAUGGUGUUGGCCACAGACAUGAAGCAGCACUUUGCGCUCAUCAGCCGCUUCAAGACUCUCAUCACCAACAGCCCCCUGGCUGCCGGCUCCGAGCUGACAGACAGUGACGAGGCACAGAGGACUCUGGUGUUCCAGAUUGUGCUCAAGGUGGCUGACCUGGGCCACCUGACUGCACCCAUGCCCAUCCACAAGGCAAGUCAAAAUCCCCUCAUCAGCGCCCCCAAUCUUAAAUGGCUGGACGGAUUGGAGCAGGAGUUCUUUGAGCAGGGCGAUCUGGAAGCCAGGCUUGGGCUGCCCAUCACGCCCUUCAUGGACCGCUCCCUGCCAGGCAUCUCCACCCGCCAGGUGGAUUUCUUCAAGCUGAUGGCGAUGCCGCUGUUCACAGCAUUUGUGGUGGCCUUCCCGGGCUGCCAGCCGCUGCUGGACGGCAUGAUGGCCAAC